UUUGUUCCUUCAUCAGCGCCGGCGCGCUGCUCUCUGCACCACCACAGAGCUUCACCGCAGCAGCUGCAUUCACUCUCCGCUUUGCCCUCGACUCCGCCAGCCUUGCAAUCGGCUUCGGUGGGCCGGCAACCGUCGCAUCACCCGCUCGCCUGCGCCAACCCUCACAGCUCCCGCACACCCCUGGCCCCCAGCAACAAUCCUGUUUCGACCAGCCACCAAGCCGCUCAGCCAGCGCAUCACCCUUCGCUCACGCCUCCACCACCUAAUAAUCUCCUCCGCAUAAUCAUUCACUACCCUUACCGCUUUCAGCGGCAGACAUAUUCUCGCAGCCCGUCGCAUCGCAUCAAUUCGCAGAGAAACCCGACACCGACGCAACCCACGAGGCUACGCGCCGCCGCCAGCCAGCCCAGCUCCGUCGUCAUGCCUUCUACGGCCUAUGGCAACUUCCACGACUUCUGUCGCGACACAGGAGACCUCUGGUCCACAUUACCAGUCUGCUACCUAUUCAAUCAAGCUCCUACAAGGCUUAAUCAAGGAUGGGGAGGCUGCGUCUUGAGGGGCGUAGAUUUGAACGGCGACAAACAGCUGGCGAACUUGGGUUCGAUACUCCUCUGCGGCAUUGCGAUAGUCGCCGCCGCCUUCUUGAUAUGGAGGUCUGAGCGGAAGAAAGCUGCUGUUGGCAGAAGGGAGAUGCAAUUAUUCCUAGUUGGCUAUAUCAUCAUCGAAAUCUGCGAGAUCUUCACCGUCGGCGGGUUUCCCCUCGAUAGCGCUGUUCGGAGGGGCUUCGUUGCCGUUCACAUGGCCACUAUCGUCGCCACACUAUGGAUCCUAAUGCUCAACGGUAUUGUCGGCUACCAACUCCUUGACGAUGGCACGCCAAUGUCCAUCGGCCUCAUUCUCGUCUCCGCUGGCAUGAUUUUCGUUGGUGUGGGCUAUAUCGCGCUCGACACAGGAUUCAGCUGGACGGGAUAUUGGGACUCAACAUUGUCGGGCGACAACCGUGGCUAUGCGCUGUACACGCUCUACCAGCUUGUGCCGCUGGUCUUCUUGUUCGUCUUCUUCUGUCUGGAAGCCUUCCUCGUCCUUCGAAUUCUAGGCGAGAGGAAACCAAUGAUGUAUCUUUUCGGCGCAGCUCUUCUCUUUGCGCUUGGACAGAUCUUCCAAUACGUCAUCAGUGUCCACAUCUGUAAUGGCACGGACGGCAAGAUCAAUGGAGGCCUCUUUGAAACCCUCUUUACACUACUCGCAGUCGUUAUGAUCUGGGUAUUCUGGUCCAGUAUCACCGAGGACGAUUGGCCGAUGCCAGUUACUGGAUCUGGAGCAUAUUCAUAAAGAUCUAAAAGUUGGCUUUGGAAAGGAUAGGAAACAAAGGCGUGCUUUAAUGCUUUAUGACUUUUUCUAGCAUAGCGGAUACCACAUUGGGAGCUCUUUCCUGGAUGCUGUCAUGCUAGCACUAGUUUACGAUACACAAUUAAUGUAGUUUGGAAAGAAGCAGU